CGCCCCUCUCCGUCUCCUCUGCCUCUCUGCGGCCCGCUCUGCUGGCCUCGCUUCCGGCUGCCAAGCCACUCGACGCUUCACUCCCGACCACAUCUCGCCUCGUCCCUGCGCUCUGUCCCCUCUGCUCCCGGCCACAUCCUCCACGUCUCGCUCCUCGUCCGACGGCUCUUAUCGCAACGCCCUCUCGUCACGAUCCACUGUCUGCACCCUUCCAUGCCGCGUCCGUUCUGCUCCUGAAGAUCACCGCUCGCCAUGUCGCUCGUGCUCCGGCAGCAGACCAACACCACGGCUACCGCCAGCAGCAGCGCGACGGCCGUGCUCAACACCAGCAUCGCAUCGCCCGCGAAGCAGCAUGCGCCGCUGGGCGUGAUCCUCGGCGUGAUCCUCGGCGUGCUGGCGAUCCUCGUGUUCGUCCUCAUCUGCCUCCUCCGGCGCCGUACCGCCGCACGUAGCUCGCAGGGCGACGAUGCGGCGCCGCAGUCUGGCGUCGAUGCGUCUGGCACCAACGACUCGGCCGGCGCGGCGGGAUGGCUGGCACGCCUCUUUGCGCUGCCAGAGCUAGCCGUGGAACAGACGCCCGAGCCGCCGGCGCAGGAGAGCGCGCGGGAGCGGCGUCGACGCCUGCGCCUGCGCCGCACCGACAGCGGCCACAGCGUCAAGACGAUUCCGGCGUACAACGAGGACGCGAAUGACGGCGAGCUGGUGCUGUACAAAGCGGAGACUACCUCGUCCUUCGACGUCACGCUCUCCGCAGACUCCAGCACCGACGAUGCGUCUCGCGACACCACGCGGCGGGCUUCACGCUUCUCCAUGCCGCAGACGCCGACGCAGCGCGAAGCACAGCGCGAUGUUGCAGCCACUGCACGGCCUCUGCUGCAGUCAGACGGUGCACCGCGCCGCGAGGGCUCGCACGCCAGCCGCCGCAGCAUCAUCGGCAACGUGCGUGCAAGUCUGCGCAGAUCCCUGGGCGGCUCGCGCGCAUUUGAAGAUGCUGAGGACGAGAUGAUGCGCAUGGAGGGUCCAGAGGAGAACGACGCGCAGGAUAUCGAGGCGCCUAGCGUCCCGACCGAGGAGUCGCCGGACUACGACACGCUCUAUCCGACCAGCAGCGCACGGUCAGACGAGCCACUCGAUCCGCACAGCGCCUCGCCUGCAGCGUCGCCGGAACGUCGCCGUUCGACGCUGCGCAACAUCUUUGUGCCGCGCCGCGGACACGCCGCAUCUCGCUCUGCCGGACGCAUCGGCGACCUCGAGGCACCUCGCACGGCGCCAGCGACGCACCGGCGCUUCGGCUCUUCGGCGUCGGUGCUGUCGAGCAUGUCGUCUCUUGCACCCACGCCUUCUCGUCCGUCAAUCGGAAGCUACACGCUGCCGCGCUUCAUCGGCUCUGGCAUGGCCAGCAGCACGUCUCUGCUUCCCGAUGAUGCCUCGAGCAGCGGCGCCGGCACGCCUCUGGGCCGAGUCAUCUCGCGCCCCAUCGAGGGCAGCGCGGUGCGCUCGAGCUUCAACCUGCCAUCCAACGCACGUCCGACGCCCGAGCAACUGCGCUUCCUGGCGUCAGUGGAGUCUCUUGGCCUGUACGCCAUGCCGGUGGCCAACGCAGCGAGCAGCACCGACCUUCCGCCAGCGUGGGACACGCUCAGCGUCAGGGAGGAAGUCGCCUCACCAACCAACAGCGCGCCGACGACACCCGCUGCGGCCUCGGAGCCUCCACGGCUCGGCGCUCCUCGUCCCGCACCUCUGCUGCUGCCCAACGAGCGUGCUGCUCGCCUUGAGCGAGAGGCAUCAGCCACAUCGCCCACCGACGCUCGCUCGCCGAUCCGCUCGCCAUCGUCGAGCACGACUGCGCAGGCUGCCGCGCCAGUGCCGGCCAUCACGGUGCAGCAUCCCGAAGAGGGCUCUGCUUCCGACACACCUACGACUUGAACACGCCUCAUUCCUCUGACCCGCGGUCACGAACUCUCUUGCUUCACUCUGUCACGAUCCAUCAUCCACGUUCAGUCCUGUUUCAUAUUCACGUCUCGGCCCACCUCACCUCAUGUUCGCUUCACUCCCAUGUCACGCUUCCUUCCUUCCACGACCCUCGACACGAUCCGCAAUGUACCAUGCCUUCGCCGUU